UUCCUCACACUAAACUACACACUUCCAGUUUUACUUUCAGUUCAUCACACAGACUGAUACAGACUGCACCCAGCAGCCGUUCUUACCGAAUGAGGAAGGAGCUGGGAGAAUUUCCCUUUUUCUCUCGAGAACAAACAGAAGUUCGCCUAAAGGGGAUUAUCUGACAGUAUCCACCGCCGUGAACAUGACAGGCAACACGGAAAAGUCACCUCAGGACAGCUUCAUGAGCUUUCUAUGAGCAGGACAGGCUCUCUAAACACUCAACUCAACUUAAGAUGACCAGAUGAUACCAGAGAUAUGUCUGGACAGCAGCUGGUCCUGAGGCAGAGAACGGAGCUUCUGGGAGCUCUAUGCUGUGGGGGCACGGCUGAACCCCUGGACUGUGUGCUGGAUCUUCUGCUGUCUUGGGGUGUAAUUGUGUGGGAAGACUACCUAAGUGUGCGGGAACCAGCCAAACCCCUCUGCUCCAGUGCCAGAGAACUGCUGGACUUGGUGUACAACAAAGGCGAGGAGUCCUGUCUCCUUCUACUGUCAGCGUUUAAGCAAGUUUUACCCGACGCUCAGAAAGCCGGACUCUGCUUUGGUAAAAGUUUUGCUGCAGGAAAGGAUGCUAAGAGGACCUCCACUAAUGCCAGUCAGACUUUGAUGACUGAUAGACCAGCACUGGUGAGGAAAAUACGGGAUCAUAUUGAUGGAGUGCUGGAAGCGCUGGUAAACGCUGGCUGCUUUACUUCAAAAGACUGUGAUGAGGUGAUGUUACCUGUUUACACACCUUCACAAAAGGUUAGGAGGCUACUGGAUCAAGUGAGAUUUAGAGGGGAGGAAGCAGCCAGCAUCUUAUUGCAGUAUCUGCGGCUGGCAGAAGUUGUGUCACAGCCUGUAAAAGAGGAAAAGCAACUCACUGCUGAAUGCCUACUUUACCAGAAGAAGCUUCGCAGCUCUGUCUCUGCCCAGUCGCACUUCCUCAGCACUUAUGGAGGAACGGGAAGAUUCUCCUUGGACGAUAUCUAUACCGAGGGCCUCCUUGAACUGGCUCAGGGCAACAGAGAGAUCACAAGUCUAGGGUUGGAGGACGUGGUAGGUGUGACCGGAACUCUUAAUGAGGACGCUGAUACGGUACUUCUAUCUGGAGAGGCGGGUACCGGCAAGAGUACCUUGCUGCAGAGGCUCCACUUGCUGUGGGCUCGAGGGGCUUUGCUGACGGACAUUCUCCUGCUGUUCCCCUUCAGUUGUCGCAAACUGAACGCAGAGCAGAGGAUGUUGUCUUUGAAAGAGCUUUUGUUCUUGCACUGCUGUUGGCCGGACAGGGGUCAAGAUGAGCUGUUCCAGUUUAUUCUGGAUCACCCUCACUUGGUGCUGUUUACGUUUGAUGGCCUUGACGAGUUUAAACAGACUUUCACAGAUGAAGAACGGCAUUGCUGCCCCACCCAGCAAGCAUCUAUACCCGUGCUGCUAUUUAACCUACUCCAGGGUACCUUGAUGAAGGGCGUGAAGAAAGUGGUGACCAGCAGGCCGCAAGCAGUGGGUCCGGUAAUGAAACGGUACCUUCGGAAGGAAGUCCUUGUUAAGGGUUUCUGUCCUGUCGGAAUUGACGCCUUUGUUAGAAAACACCACAAUGACUCUACUGUGGCUAGCAGGGUGAUAGAGUCCUUGCAGACCAACACAGCUUUACUUGGACUUUGCCAUAUCCCAGUCUUCUGCUGGAUUGUGUCCAAAUGUUACAAGGAGCUUCUCGGAUGUGGGGAAGGCAGCCCUCAAACCAUGACAGAUGUGUACCUCAUGGUUCUGCAGCACUUCUUCCAGAGGAAGGUGCCCCAGGAACAAGGUGCCCUGGGAAAGGGAUGGCUGCAGAAACAUCUAGAAACAGUGAUGAGAUUUGGACAGCUGGCCAUGGAAGGUCUUGAGACGUCCUGUUAUGUAUUCCCAGAGGCAGAACUGCGGAAAUAUGGCAUCACUGAGCAGGAAAUCUGCCUGGGCUUCCUCAUACAUUGUAAGGACCUCUCAGACUCCAGCGACUGCAAACACUACGAGUUCCUACACAUGACCUUACAGUGUUUCUUUGCCGCUCUGCAUAUCGUUCUCGAUGGCAACAGCAACCGUUCUGUCAUCCCAAAGCUCUUCCAAUCACAGUACAGGCAGCUUUCAGGCAUAACUCGCGUGUGCCUCGGACACUGCAUAGAUCGCCCCCUAGAGGAUGACGUUAAUACAGCAGAGACCCCAAACCUGCAGAUGGCCGCUAAGUUUGUGUCAGGACUUCUUUCCCAGCGCCAUCGAAUCCUACUGUCACAGUCCUGUCCUGCUGCCACACUUGAAUGGAAGUCCAAGCAGGCAGUCAAAUGUUUGUCCAAAGGCAUGCAGAGGCACUUCCGCUCCAUCUCUCGGCCCGUCGAGGGCGAAAAGAAGAGCAUGCAUGCCAUGCCCAGCUUCGUUUGGCUCAUCACCUGCAUCUAUGAGAUGCAGGAGAGCGGGGUUGCAAAGGACGCCGUAGCCAAGAUUGAGGUGGAGCAUCUGAAAUUAACUUACUGUAACAUCGGUCCAGUGGAGUGCACCGCUCUGGCCUAUGUGCUGAAGCACCUUCCCAAUCCAGUCGGCCUCCAGCUAGACUACAACACAGUGGGAGAUGUGGGAGUGGAGCAGCUCUUGCCAUGUCUGCACGUCUGUCACGCUCUCUACUUGAGGAACAACAACAUAUCAGAUGAAGGAAUACGCAAACUUGUUGAAAAAGGAGUGCACUGUGAAUGCUUCCAGAAACUAGCGUUAUUCAACAACAAACUAACAGAUGACUGCACGAGGCAUUUGGUCACACUGCUUCAGGCCAAGACCAAUUUCAUUUCACUAAGACUUGGAAAUAAUAACAUCACAUCACAGGGGGCGGAGCAGCUGGCAGAGGGUCUGAGAUAUAGCAAGUCAUUGCAGUUUCUUGGGCUGUGGGGUAAUAAGAUUGGAGACAAGGGUGCCGAGGCUUUGGCAGAUGCACUAAAGAACAGUACUGCACUGACAUGGUUUAGCCUGGUGGAUAAUGGUGUAGGCAACUCAGGAGCCUGUGCUUUAGCAGAGCUCAUCAAGAGAUGCACAACACUUACAGAGCUCUGGCUAAAUCAGAACUGCAUUGGCAGGGAAGGUGUGGAGUGUCUAAUACAGGCUUUGAAAGCGAACACCAGUAUUAAGGAAGUGUGAGGAAGAAGAAUGAUCACAAGCCAUCAAACCAAACUGAACUUCUUGAAUUUUUGCACCAGGUGUGGCAUAAUGUCAUCCAAAAGCAGUGUGUAAGACUGGUGGAGGAGAACAUGCCAAGAUACACAAAAACUGUGAUUAAAAAUCAGGGUUAUUCCACCAAAUAUUGAUUUCUAAACUCCUAAAAUUUCAUGAAUAUGAACUUGUUUUAUUUGCAUUAAUUGAGCUCUGAAAGCUCUGCAUCUUUGUUAUUUCAGCCAUUUCUCAUUUUCUGUAAAUAAAUGCUCUAAAAUACAAUAUUUUUAUUUGGAAUUUGGGAGAAAUGUUGUCCGUAGUUUAUAGAAUAAAACAAAAAUGUACAUUUUACUCAAACAUAUACCUAUAAAUAGCAAAACCAGAGAAAAUUAUUAAGAAACUAAAGUUGUCUCUUAAUUUUUUUCCAGAGCUGUACAUCUGUCUAUAUGUACGUCUGUCUAUAUUGCCACAUUGUGUCUUAUUCAUAUUGUACAGCAGCCAUAAUGUUUACUGAAAAUGUCACUAAGUGGGGAAAAUGGCUUGUAUGUGCAU